AUGGGGGCCUCUGCCUCGCAUCUAGGGCCAGCCAUGGCGUGCCAAAGCCAAGAGGGCCCCAGGGGCCAAGACACUGCGGGUGCGGGUCGCAGGCGUGUGCGACACGUGAUGAUGCUGCAACUUCCAGCUCUGCAUGAGCACACGGGGAUCCUUAGUCUGACGGUGCGGAUGCAGGUGAGAGAGCGAGUUCUCAGUCUGGGUUUGCGACGAGAUGUUCUGAACUUUCUCCUGGCCUUCUGCACUCCAGCAGACGUUGGGCAUCUGGCAGGUAUAGACAGGAGCGUCUACGAGUUCUGUGAGGUAGAUGCUAUCUGGAGCAUGAUGCUUGCUUCAGACUUCUGGACUUCCCCGAUGCCAGAGCUCGCACCGCCAUGUACCAGGCCCUCACUGACUCUGGAUGGCAUCAUGUUGCGACUGAACGGUGAUAUUCUUGGCACACGUCAGAGCGAAAGCUACGUGUCCAGCAAGCGACGUCUCAUUCAGAGGUGGCACAGUGAGGUGGAUCUUCGGAAGAAGAAAGCGCUGCGGGAGCAAAUCCAACAGCUUGAAAGAGAGCGCGACGUCAGCUUGGCAGAAUGUCGCCUGAGGUGGAACUCUGUCAUCCGACGGCGCCGCUUUGUCGCAGGCAGUGCAUGGAUAGUGCUAUUACUGUGGGGCCUCCGCUUUUCCGCAGCCUUCUGGCUAGUGCAUGCAGUUCGAUACGUCGCGUUGCAUGCGUACCAUCUCUUUUACAAGAUGUCCUGGCUUUUCCUUCAGCUCGCACCUGGCGGGAUCAUCGAGAGCAUUUGCAUUGGGGCGGCACGCAAAAGUCGCACACGUCGCUGUUCAGGCCGCGAUGCUGGUUUGAGCUCGCUUGAUGUGUACCUGAAGUAUGCUCGACGUUCAUCUUUGCUUUGCUUGUGUGGCUACAUCGCUUUCAACGAUGGCCCAGGGAGCAGGCGGUGGCACAACGUCAUUGCGUUCUGCUGCAUGUUCGGUGCCGGAUGGGGUGCUUUUGCUGCCGCAGCUGUUUUCGCCAGCCUCCUCCUCACAGGAUUCCUUGCGUGUGCAUACUUUUCCCUGUGGUGGGCACGCUGCUGGACGCGGGAGUUUGCUGCAGUGGCCCAGCGUGACCAGCAAGAGCUGUCCAUCACAGAAGACUACCAGAGCAAAAUACGGACAUGUCGAGUGGCACUUGGUUUGCCAGCGGACGAUCGUAAGUCCAGCUGCAACUGCUGUGUUCUCUAG